AUGACGGCAAGACUUCUUGCACUUCCGGAGGAGAUCCUCCUCCAGAUUCUGUCGUACCUGAGCCCUUCUGAACUCGCUACCCUCCAGCUUGUCUGCCAUGCCCUCCUCAACCUGGCCCGCGAUAACAACCUUUGGCGCUACCGCUCUUUCGAUGAAUCUGCUUUCCUCAAUAGAUGGGAAUACUGGCAGGCGCUUAUCCAUCCUAUUGAUGAAAGCGACGACGAGGCCGGAAGUGCCAACAGCGGAACACAAGCACCGGAACCACGCGGUCCAGCGCUAUUGACUACCCGCGAGCGCGAGCGUGUCCGCCUCUUGGCAAAUUGGGACCCGGUAUUCCCUGACGAGCGCGUGUCCUGGUAUCACGAGUACAUCCAGCGUCAUGGACCGGUCGUGGUCAAUUGGUUGCAGAAUCCGUACCCGCACCAUAUCGAAGGUGAUGGCCAUGACAGAAGCCUCCUAUGGAGAACAACAACGCCAGACGAGGUUCGGGGCCUGGGGCUUUACUAUCCUAAUGCAGAACCACUAGAUGCUGUGAUGGUAGUUUCGCCCCUGGAAGAUGGGAGUAUCUGUUUCUGGGAUGUGAGCCACUAUGCCAGUCGGGAAGAAAAGCGAAGGGGAAAGAUUGUGACAAGGAGCAGAAAAGGGGUGUUAAUGGUGGAUCCAAAGGGGCUAAAUCCGGGGGUAACGGAGUGUGUGGGUGUGGACAGCUGGAGACAUCGUGCAUUCUUUGCCGUCCAGAAACACCUUGUUGAGGUGGACUUGCAGCAAUUGGAGAUUGUCGAUCACGGGGAGUUUCCAUCGUUGAUUACAGCCUUGUCUACGGCAGACGCCGCUGUGCCGCUGACCGUUGGCACCACCGAUGGGAUUUAUCUCCACGACUGGAGAGCCCGAACCAAACAUGGCUCUGUCAGCGACGAAGUAAUCGAUCUGUUCGAUCGGGACGCGACCAACAACCCCUCCAUAACCCACAGGCGGACACUCACCCUCCCCGUCGCGAAACUCCCCCCAUGCCUAGAUGGCACUCGCCAAGGUCCCCUAAGCAUCCUCCACCUCCAACAAUCUGACCAAGACACUACUCCCUCCCACGACAUCUACGUAGCAGGGCGCUUCACAAGCAUCCUCCAUUACGACCGGCGGAUGUUCCCUGCUUUACGCGGAACCAUCCACUCUGGUGCCCGGCUCUGUAGUCUUUCCUCCCUCCCCUACCCCUUCUCUGCCCUCGACAGUGAAGUCCGGCGCAGGGGCGAAUAUACGCUCGAACAGAUCGAAGCCAACCGCGCAGCCAUCGCUGCGAGCCAUGGCAGGACACUGAUCGCCGCGGGAGAAUACAACACGAAAGGUUCGCUCGAGCUGUACGGCCUUAGGUCCCAUCCCGAUGGGGAUAUCAAUACCCUCGGGGCGCUGCACAAUUCUGUGCACAAGAAUCGCCAGACGUGUUCACAGUCAAAGUUGUUGUCGGUGGUGACCCACGGCACGCGGAUUGCAUUCUCCGACGGUUCGGGCGACAUCAAGUGGUUUGAGCGCGACGGCUUCACUGAGGUGCGCCGCGUACAUAUCGGGUCAAGUGACCGCGAGGACCCCGCCGCCCCCGACGCUGCCUCCGAUUCAGAAACCGAACCCGACCGCCACCCUCCCUCCCGCUCCCACUCCCUCUUUGCCCCGUUCCAGUCCCCCGGCGCAAACGAUGAGAUCGGGCGCAAGCUGCUCCCCACCCUCCCCCCCCGACAUUCCUCUUGCUUCGACUCCAAAUACGGCCACAACCCGGUGAACAACGACGACCUCCUCUUUUGGACAGGCGAUAAACUUGGGCUAGUGACAUUUUCUUCCGUGCCAGGGUUCCAUGCGGAUGAGUUCGAAGAGAUUGUGUUGGAUGAGGAGGCGUUGGCGAGGGAGAGGGAGGAGAGGGAAUAUGUCGGGGCUAUGAGGAGAGCGCUGAGGAGGCAUGCGGAUGAUGUUUGGUUUGUGAGGGGGUUGGGGUUGGGGGGAUAG